UAGCUCGUAUGCUAGUACAAACAUCGUCAUGUUAUCAGUUAUCAGCCGGUAUAUUGUGGAUUUCUUUGAGAGCGCUGGCAAAACGUGCACGUUUGAAGAAAAUGGACGUAGCGGGGGCAGUAAAUCUCGUGUUUGAACUCCUGUGGACUCUGCUCAAAGUGAACUAUGAAACACUACGCGGCAUGUGGAAGACGGUCCUUCCUAACGAACCGAAAGAUGUCAAGGAUGACGUAGUUUUGAUAACUGGUACCGGCCAUGGAAUGGGUCGGGAGAUGGCGCUGCGGUUUGCAAGACUCGGGGCGAUCUUGGUGUGCGUCGACAUCAAUGCCGCUACCAACGAGGAGACUGCAGAGAUGAUAAAACGGGAGAAAGGGAGAGUCCAUGCUUACCAAUGUGACGUAACGGACCGAGCAGCUGUGAUUCAGCUGAAAGAGAAGGUCUGUCGGGAGGUGGGUGAUGUGGCGAUCCUGAUCAACAACGCGGGCAUCAUGCCCUGCAAGCCCGUGCUGGACCAGACCGAGAAGGAGAUCCGACUGAUGAACGAUAUCAACGUUAAUGCUAACAUUUGGAUGAUCCAAGCCUUCCUGCCAAAUAUGAUGGCGCGCAACUACGGGCACAUAGUGGCAAUGUCGUCUAUGGCUGGGCUGAUGGGCAUCCGCAAUCUGGUGCCGUACUGCGGCUCCAAGUACGCCGUGCGAGGCAUCAUGGAGGCGCUGGCUGUUGAGCUCAGAGAUGACCCGAGAGGACUCAGUGGAAUCAAAUUCACAACGAUAUACCCAUACAUCGUGGACACGGGGCUCUGCAAGAAGCCACGCAUUCGCUUCGAGAACGUGAUGAAGGUGGUGAGCGCAGGGGAUGCCGCUGACAUGAUCGUGGAUGCUGUGCGACGCGAGCUCAUCGAGAUCACUCUCCCACCUGAGCUGCAUUUUAUGACCAGGUACAUAUACCGGCUGCUGCCUUUCGAAGCCGCCUGUCUUUGGAACGAUUUCUUCAACACUGGCGUCGACGCUCACGACUGAUUACGAUAAUUAAUUAUGUUUUACGUCUUUUAUAUUGUAUAUAGAAUAUAAAUAAAUGGUCAUUAAAUUGUAAAAUAAUAAUUGGUAAAUAAUAAUAUAUAUAUGUACAUAUAAUUAACACCUCACGCCCGUGACUUUGGCCGCAUGGAAUUAAGUUUUCAAAAAUUACAUGCACAGAACUCUGAUUGAUAUUCUGGGAACUUUUAUCCCAGAACUUUACUUUUAUUUAACAUCGUGGGGCCCCUACACUGAUCAAAACGUUCUAGGGGUCUCUAAUCAAAUAAAAGUUGUCAAUCUAUAGGAUUCUAUACUCUAUAGCAUGUAUAGGAUCCUAUUUCUAGAUCGAUUCAGUAUAUUUGAUCCGUGAACAACUAACAGACAAUUUCACAUUUAGGUAUAUUUUAAAAUAUUAUCUAAAAUGGGUGUACUAAUCCUUACAUAAUAUCUAUUGAAAUUGAAAUCGAAAUCAGCAUCUAGCGAUAGGACUAAAAGUAACAACUAUUUACUAAUAAAAUUGGGAAAUUUAUCAUAUUAAAUAUACUCGUUAAGAAGUUAGGUUGGUAUCCAGAUUCCGUCUAUUAUCACUUAUCACUGAUGGUAAUGUGCUACGUUUACCUAAGAAUUAUGGUCAACAGGGAUUAUGUACUUUCAUACAUUUAGAAUAAUUAUAUCUAAAGAUACGGUGUCGGUACAGUAAAUUAUUGUAAAUAGUAAUUAUCGUAUUAAAUGUAAAUACAUAUAUCUAGUAGUGCAUUA